AUGUACAGUUACAUCCGCGACUUCCUUUCCCAACCCACAGCCACACUCACCCUGGGGGACCACCGGCUUUCCCGUGUCUCACUGGGAGCGCGGAGGACGCCUCAGGAUACUGUGCUGUCUCCCAUCCUCUUCAACAUAGCCCUUCUCCAACUCCCCAACCAACUCUCCCAAGUCCACGACAUACAUUUCAGCUUCUAUGCCGACGACAUCACUGUCUGGGCCAACCGAGGCAGUGAUGCCAACAUGGAGUGCAACCUACAGUCGGCCCUCAAAAUCAUCGACUCGUACGUUCGCGCGGGCGGCCUAGCCUGCUCCCCUUCCAAAUCAGAACUUUUCCUCUACUGCCCCAGGCCGCACGACCCCGUCAACCCUCCCAUCUCACUCACGCUAGGGAACCAUCCCAUUCCCCUAGUCUCUAAGAUUCGCAUCCUGGGCCUCGUCCUUCACUCCCACGGCGCGCAUGUCGACACCAUCCAAGCUCUCCAGAUCCAAACCCUACAAGCCACCCGUCUGAUUCGGCGCGUGACACAUCGACGCGCGGGUUUACGAGAGCAGAACACUCUCCCCCUCACCCAAGUCUACAUCACGAGCCACACGGCGUACGCAUUUCCAUACCCCCCCCCCCUAAAGCAGAAAAGGCGGGACCGCAUCAACGCGCUCCUCAGGAGCUGCACGAAGGUGGCCCUCUGCCUACCCCCAGCACCUCCACUGCCCGGCUCCUCAACCUCGGUACCCACAAUACGUUUGAAUAGCUGGCAGAAGCAACCUUAA